AUGCCACGUCCGAGUUUCUCUCACAACCCGCUUUUGAGGGUGUCAAGGCCAGUGUCCGCUUGCUCUCGGUGCCGCGCUGCCAAAGUCAAGUGUGAUGGCAAACUACCGGCUUGUACAGCCUGCGAAAAGGCUGGUCGUUCAAAUGAGUGUUCAGCAGCAAACGACCAGUUCGCUCGAGGCAAGGAGAGAAGUUACGUGGCGGCCUUGGAAUUACGCAUAGAGAAGCUUGAAAAACGGCUUCAGUUUGCAAAAUCACGCAAGGCAUCCGUUGCACUCCAUGAUACGGAUGCAUCGGCCUUUAAUGUGCAACAGAUGGACCGUAGAGACUCUCUGGCGCUCAUUCGCGCCGCUAUACAUCGCAAAGCGGCGCAAAAGCGGGAGACUUCUGAUGUCAACUCUCUUGUAUCCGACUUUGGCUUUCUACUUGUCUUGGCGGCAACCACGAACGAUGCCCUUCCAGAGUCUGACCAAGCCCGCUUGCCUCCAAGGCAAACUGCCCAUGUGCUAGUCCAGCAUUACAUGGACAACGUCUAUUCGUUGUUCCCCUGCUUUUCGGAAACCUCACUUUUAACUGCUCUUGACGACAUAUAUCAAGAAGAUACCCGGACUAUCAAAGACUCGGACUACUGGAUGGUGUACAUGGUCCUUGCCAUUGGCUCUACAGCCCAAAGCAAACGUAGCCAGGACACACACUAUCUUACUGGCCUCGAGUAUGCGUCCAGAGCUAUGAAUCAUGCUGAUGGCGCUCUCACCCCUGGAUACGUGACGCAAAUCCAGUCGCUUCUUCUUUUGACGCAUGCCAUCAGUAUGGUCCAUGCGCGGACGUUCUCGUUUACUGAUGACACUGUUAAUGUCGCCUUUCCUCAGGCAUCUAAUAACGGUAGAAAGAGUUCUGCGUCAGGUCCCAUCACCGGUCCCCGGCCCGCAGACCCUGCUCUGCUGCUCUUUCAACUCCGGCGAGCGCAAUCCCAUUGGUAUCAGGAGUUGUACCAAUCAGGUUCGGUCCCUCUGCAGGAUCCAAUCUCCUAUAUUUGGAAAAUGUGUCUUGAUAUGCGCGAAUGGCAAGACACUCUGCCUACAAAUCUGGCCCCUGAAAUCAGACAAUUGUUCGACCAGGAGCUGAGGUAUAGCUACGUCUACUGUAUUGCGCCCUCGGCGAGGGCACCCAGCAUCACCGACUAUAACCGUAUCCUGAUUUUUGAACACUCGAUGGCCUACCUUGACACUGUCCACGAGAUAGCACAUGGUGCACAAAAUUCCGGGUUCUAUACAUACCAUGACGUGUUGAGGGUCUAUUUUAUGGCGAAUCAGUUCCUCGCGGUUCUAAGAGAUGCAGAAGAUAUGCUUCUUUCGGGAAUGCCGGUUCCAAUUCCAAUUUCUCGUCCGGGUGCUGCACCUGCCCCUCCUCUCCCAAGACGAUUGCAACCCCAAGGAAUGAAUGGAGAGGAUAACCUUGAUCGCAGCUUGAGGUGUCUCGAUAAGGUCUCACAGACAUUAGAUACCUAUGGAGACCGUUGGGCAGAUGCCUCAACCUGGAGAGAAAGCUUUGGUAUGAUAUCCCAGGAAAUGGUGGACCGACUUUCGAGGCGAAGGCAAGCACGUGAUACUGCUAGAGAACAGUACCAAUUACAGUAUCAGGGCAGAGGUAUACCACCCCAAACUCAGGCUGGUUUUUAA